AUGGAUGCCAUCUGUCAGUUCCUGACAGCAUCUGGUGCCAUAUGCCAGGUGGCAUGGGCGAUCCAUGAGACGGAUGAACGACGACGGCUUAAAGGAGAAUGUGAUCUUGCUGACUUGUCCAUCGGCCUCCGCCAUACCAUUCAGUUGCUACCAGAUACGGCAGCAGCUAUAACCGAUAAACACAAAACACUGGUUGAGACUUGCCUGAAACUGGGACGUAAUCUUCUGAUUCGUCUUGACCGCGCCGAUGAGUCUGUUCACACGAUCCAUAACCCUGGGCCUAGACUUCGUGACAUAUGGACUCAAGAUGUUAUUGAAGCCUUUGCCUUACGGCUGGUUGGCCUAAUACGUCAGCACCAAUCUAUUAAUCCCCCAUCCGAUGUCCUCACUCAAUAUGAGCGAGUUCUCUCGUCCUUCAGGCAUAACGCACCCCGAAAACAACAAUCGAAUAGCAAUGAAGAGAUUCAAGCUCGACGUUCGAGCCAGCGCGAGUCGCAGUCAUCUACGGGGAAUUUCAGCUCUCUCCCAGAGAGCUUGGCCAUAGACGUGAGAGUGCUCAAGUCCAACAGACCUUCGCAAUCCUUGAAUGCUCCAGUUGGUCUCCUCAAUGAGUUCAUUCUCGACACUCUGGCUUACAAAGAAAUGUUUGACCGGGAGGCAAGUGUAGUCAAAGCACAUGUGAAGACCUUCGAUUGGAUCUUCAGUGAGAACUGCCACCAGGGCCAGACGGAGAAGGAUUUUCGGCACGGUCUCUCUGCAUGGCUCAAGACUAACGACUGCAAUCCCAUAUAUUGGAUGUCGGGUAAGCCGGGAUCAGGCACACUCCCCGUGUUAACCGCAGGAUUCUUUUCUUGGGCCAGUGGGAGUCAGGAGCAGCGGUCCAAACGUGGUCUCUUCAGAUCUCUUCUGUAUCAGUUACUCCGGCUCAAUCACGAUCUCAUUCCUUGCACAUUUCCGAAUCUUUGGGCCAAAAUCCGCACCAUGACCUCUAAGGAGAGAAUCGCACUCCAUCUGGAAUGGGACAAAGACGAACUCCAGGAAGCCUUUCACUUAUACAUGAAAUCAUCACUUUCGAAAAUGAAGUUCUGCCUUUUCAUUGAUGGCCUCGAUGAGUUUGAGGAAGGCCAUCGGGAACUGAUUAUCUUUUUCAAAGAGCUCAGCCUUAAUAGCAAUGUUAAGAUUUGUCUCUCUUCGCGUCCCUGGACUACGAUUGAAGAAGCCUUUCAAAGCAUUGGACCUAACGCCAAAAUACAAGACAUCACGAAAAAUGAUCUACAUCAAUACGCAACUGACAGACUCAGAGAGAAUGUCGUUGUUCGUCGCUGUCUUGGACGCGAGAAUCUAAGGACAAAGGAAUUGCUCCAGGCGAUAGUUGAUCGGGCAAGCGGUGUAUUCUUAUGGAUCAAGUUGGCUUUGGACGACAUUCUCAAAGGUUUUGCGCCUGAAAAGGGUAUUUCUGGGUUGAUGGAGAAAGUGGAUCAACUUCCAGCAGAGUUGGACGGCUUGUACGAAAAGCUCUUGUUUCAGGACCAAACCGAUAUUCAAAUCGCCAGGACGGCAACUUUCCUGUUCCUCAUCGAGUCGAGAGAGAUUGCGGCCGAGUUUGUCAAUGACACAUCAGCAUGCGCUCUUACAGUGUGGGAGUUGGCCUUUGCUUUGGAAGAAGAUGACGACUAUGCCACGGACGGGGUGGUAUCACAGGUGUCCGACAAGUUUAUCCUUGAACGCUGUAGUAGGACAGUGGAGUGCAUGCACCAAAGAUUCGCUGGACUUUUGAGCCUUCAAGGAAGGCAGACACAAGAUCGCCCGCGUACCCUCAAAUUCACGGAUAGCAUUGAAAUCGACAGUGCUUCAGUACGCCAACUAGCGGACAACAAGGUCACCUUCAUUCAUCGUACAGUGCGAGAUUGGCUGCGAGACGACCACGUUCAUAGGCGACUUGAACAGAGAGCAGAAGCUGGCUUUGACCCCAAUUUACGGCUUUUACAAUCAUAUGUGCUUCGACUCAAGAAACCGAUGGAUGAAAUUGAGCAUCAUCGACGGUUUGAUGAGUGGUGGCCGGACGUAACAUUAGCCAUGACUCAUUCCAGGUAUAUUAAAAAUGAUGUGAAGAAGAUGCAACGCUACUUCCUGAAUCAGCUCAACGAUAUCAUCUCGUGGCUGUGGGACACCAAACCGGAUAUAUAUGACCAUUGGGCUGCGAAAGCAUUUGGAUUUUUUCACGUUCGAAAGAAGGCUCCACCAAUCUGGCAUCCUUUCCUAUGCUUAGCCACGAAAUUCGGUUUAACGACAUAUGUUUCCGAGGAGCUAGACGCGUGUAUCUCUCAAGAUAGAUACGGCGUUCUUGAAAAAGAGAUGCCAACCGUGGACGACAAAGCUACUCCUCUUCUCACAUAUGCAACGGAGUUUCUUUGCUCGCGACAGCAGACGAUUUACCCGCUUUCUGACCCCCACAUGGUUCGCAACCUUCUCGCACGGUCUCAUCGAAUAAACCCCGGCCCAAACCAUGAGUACAUUGAUUUCGAAACCAAAAUCCCAAUGACCUCGUGGGUGAAUCUUUUGCGACUUCUCCGAGAGGCGCAUAGACGAGGAAUGAUAGGUUAUUUCGAUAUCGACACAAACGGCAUUGGACGUUGGACAGAGAUUGUGCGACUUUUCGUAGAGGGCGGUGCGAAUGUUAAUGCUGUUGUUGCAGCAGACUCUUGGGACUCGGAAAUAUCGACGGCUGGUGUUAUCGAGUUGUUGGCCGACACAUAUUGUGAUCCAAAGCUAGAAGAACUUAAGCAUCUACUUGACAAGAUAUAUAACAGGAGGUGCGAACGUGACCAAUAAGUUAGCGUUGAUAAUAAUGGUGCUCUUUGUUUUGACGUUAAUUAGCGUAGGGCCCUUUGGUCCUUUGUCACCAUUU